AUGCUUGCCGCUUGGCCAUCCUUUGGAAAGAAGGUGGCACCUAUUUGGACACAGAUUUUAUUAUCCUCAAAAAUUUUGAAAAUAUCACAAAUGCAAUGGGUAUGCAGUCUUUAUAUACACUUAACGGAGCUUUUUCUCAAAUUCCGACCACAGAAUAAGUUCAUCGAGCUUUGCAUGAAAGACUUUGUUGGCCAGUACAGUUACUGGUUUUAUGGUCAUCAAGGUCCUCAGCUCUUGACUCGAGUAUUUAAGAAGUGGUGUUCCAUUCGAAGGUUACGGGACAAGAAUAGUUGCCGAGGAGUCAAUGUGCUUCCAAAAGAGGCCUUCUACCCUGUUGACUGGCAGGAUUGGAGAAAGUAUUUUCAGGUUAUUGAACCAACUGAAAUGGGAAAGGUUUUGAAGCACAGCUAUGGUGUUCAUUUAUGGAACAAAAAAAGCCAAGGGCAGUCACCAGAGGUGGGAACCUUUCUGGAACAACUUCAAGACAAACACUGCCCAACAACAAACAGAAUAAUGAAGAUGUAUGUCUAA